AUGGCUGAGGGAACAAGACUAUCCCAGUUAUCUGAAGUAGUAAACAAUUUACAAGGGGCAACCACUGCCCUGAAAGAAGAGCAAUCCAAGCAUGGAAUGUUAAUAGAAGGAGUGCUACAAGAACUCAAUAAUUUGGCAUCAAGCUAUGACAGCUUGGUACAAAUUACAACUAAAACCAAUUCAGGGGAAGGGACUUCUAACAGUGUCAAAGUAAAUGCUAAUCCUUUGUUUGAUGGACAUGAGGGAAUUCAAGCUCGAUCUCUUCGAUUGGAUUUUCCUCGAUUUGAUGGGGGAGAUCCCAGGGAAUGGAUCUUGAAGGCCUCAGUGACUAGAUGGGGUGACUUCGUGGAGGCUCUCCGCACCAGAUUCGGAUCUUCAGCAUAUGAGGAUCCAGUAGGAGCAUUCACAAAAUUGAGGCAGACAGGGAGUGUAGAGGAUUACCAAACAAAUUUUGAGAUCCUGUCCAAUAAAAUAAAUGGGGUAAGUGAAGAGUUUCGUAUAAGCACCUUUCUAAGUGGGUUAAAAGAUGAAUUGCGAAUUAUUGUUACCAUGUUCAAACCAAAUACUCUUGCUGUUGCUUUUGGUUUGGCUCGGUUACAAGAAGAGGAAGUGACCAAAAAACAUUUCCCUCAUCGAAACACUCCAAGCCAAAACAACCCAUAUACACCCUCAUUCAAAGCCAUACCCUCAUUCAAAGCCACUCCUCUCAGACUACUUGGACAAAAUCCUAUACCCAAAUUACUAGCCCCAAACCCAGCACUUAAACUUCCACCCCCCCAACAACCAAGAUAUAACCCACCAUUCCAGAGAAGAAACCCAUAUCCAGUAAGGCGUAUAAGUCCUGACCAAAUGCAAGAAAGAAGGGGAAAAGGUCUGUGCUAUUUUUGUGAUGAAAAAUACCAUCAAGGACACAAAUACAGCAGACCCAAAUUAUACUUAAUCGAGGGAAUGGAAUUUAAAGAGGAGGGAGAAGAAGGAUGGGAAGAAGAAGGAGAAGAGACAUUUAAUCAACUUGAUACAGAUGAGAUACCUGCAGUCCAACAAGCUGAUUUAUUGGGCAUAUCCUUGCAUGCCAUUGCAGGGGCACCUUCUCCCAAAACUAUGAGGUUAGUGGGGAAAAUUGGGACCUGUUCAGUUAUUGUUCUGAUUGAUACCGGUAGUACACAUAGUUUUAUUGAUGUGAAUGUGGCAAAGAAGGCAAAACUACAAGUGGAGGAAGGCCAACUAGAAGUCCAAGUUGCUAAUGGGGACACCCUUCCUUGCCAAGGUUGUUGUAAGGCGGUCCUUUUGAAGAUGCAAAGCUGUAAAGUUUUGGCCAAUCUAUUCUUAUUAACCCUAGGUGGGUGUGAUGUUGUGUUAGGAGUAGAUUGGUUAAGAAGUUUGGGAACUAUUCAGUGGAACUUUGCUGAUUUAAGUAUGAGUUUCUUUGUAGAUGGAGAGAAAUUAUUUCUGCAAGGCUUGAGGUUACCCAAGGAAGCCAUUAAGGAAGAACAUAGUCUGAGCAAGGUUAUCUUUGUAGAAGGGAGAGGAAUAUGGCUGCAGUUUAUGGAGAUCAAUGAAAGCCCAAGAGGAGCACCAGUAGAUCCUGCCUUACAAAUUGUUUUGAAUGAAUUCAGAAUAGUGUUUGAUGAACCCACUGGACUCCCACCUCCUAGGAGUCACGACCAUCAGAUCCAACUCCAAGAAGCAGCUAAGCCAACAUGUGUUAGGCCUUAUCGAUACCCUUACUAUCAGAAAGAAGAAAUUGAGAAGCUGGUCAGGGAAAUGUUAAAGGCUGGGAUCAUAAAACCAAGUCAAAGUCAAUACUCUUCACCAGUCCUCUUAGUGAGGAAGGCAGAUGGAAGUUGGCGAAUGUGUGUUGAUUAUCGAGCUCUCAACAAAGAUACCAUCAAAGAUAAGUUUCCCAUUCCUAAUAUAGAUGAAUUAUUAGAUGAGCUUAAUGGUGCUGAGAUGUUUUCUAAACUUGACUUGCGGUCGGGCUACCAUCAAAUCAGAAUGAAGACUGAAGAUGUGCCCAAAACUGCAUUCUGA